AUGUUGCUAGGGUGUAGGGUGGAAAGUAAACAAAUGGAUGCGUAUGAAACUGCCUGGUGCAAUUUUAGUAACUUCCGUGCGUCAACCUAGAGGAGAAAAAGUGCAUGUCUAUCCAUAUGCUACCUAAAGUAAUAAUGUAACAAGAGCAACUGAAAAAACAAUAAUCAUACAAAGCCAUAUUACUUUGUUAGGACACAUACACCCAUACAUAUAAUAUACAUUACAUAUAUAUAAGUAAUAACCUAAACAAAUCAUCAAGAUGCCACCAAAACGGCGAGGUAGUAUGUCGGAGGAGGAGAGAAUUAUCUACAUCGAACAAAAAAGGCAAGCAGAGGAGAGUUUAAUGAAAAAGAAAGAGGAAAUGCUAGCCCAGUACCUCAAGGAAAAAUUAUCCAGGGAAGAGGCAAGCUGCAAGUUCAAUUUGGAUAAGUUAUGCAGUCGAUGGCGUCAGCUAAUGAGAGAAUCAAAGAGCAGAGAAUUAAAGCAAGACAUAGAAAUUCUCAGCCAAACGUUUGAAAGGGUUGUUGAUAGGAAGGACAGUGUGAUAAAGGCAUUAGUACAAGAUCUGGAAGAAUCAGAAGAACAGCACUGCAUGGCCUUGAGAACUCAUCUUUGCAGUCUGGACAAACUUAUAGCAUUGCAUGAAGAAAGAAUGCAGUCUCAGGAAGAGAAUAUGAACAGCUCUCAGGCAGGCGUUGUGCAAGAGUUUGACACUGAACGGACAGCAAUGAUAGCCGAGCAUCAAAAAGAGACCAGCGAACUCUUAGAUAUCAUGUUUGCGAUGGAGCAACGGUAUUUAGAGCAGGAGAAUGAAUCAAAGACAGAGUUUCAGAGUAUGCGGGAUGAGAUUAAGAACAAGAACCUGGAAGAGAAGCAUGCAUUGAGAAUGCAGCUGGAGACGACGAUUGAAGACCUGUGGACGCAGUUUCAAUUAGCGCUGAAGGGCUACAAUGAGGCGACGGAGGAGCGCAAGCGUGCUUUCGAGGACCUAAAGAACAAGGACGAGAAGAGUUCCCGCGAGAUCGACUCUCAGAUGCGACGGAUACAGCGACUGUCGGAACAAAUUAGUCAGCUGAAGUCAAAGAUGGCUCAAGGUGCAAAGGAGAGCGAGGAUACAAACACAGAUCUGCGAGAGUUAUGCAAAUGCAAGGCCAAAGAGAGAGAAGCCAUGCUGGCUCACUUUCAGGAGCUAAAGGGGCAGAUGAACAAACACAGGGAGAAGGAGCGAGGCAAACUGACAAAGUUAACACUGGAGAGCAAUGCUGUCAUUGCAGAUCUGAGUCGCAUUGCAGAACUGGGUGAGCGCAUCCUUCGCGUGGCCGAAAUCUGCAGGAAGCUGGAGACGGAGCAGGAGAAGGUGCUGCCAUGCUACGGCUCCUCCCUGACGGACGAGGAGACGGCUGAGGUGAUCGACACUACUGGUGCACCAGCCACGCAGCCACUGGCCGAGCUGAUGCACGACUACACGUCACUGGAGAACUUCUGGAAGCGCUACAACAAGGUGUUGCUGGACAAGCUGGUGCUGGAGAAGGAGCGAGCGAUGCUGGCCCGUGACAACGAGCAGCUCCGCCUGGUGCUCAAACAGUACCUCGACGGAAUCUCGGUCAAUGACGAGAUUCUCGCCAAUCCCAACCCGCUGUUUGUCGUCAACAACAAGACCAACUACCAGCUGGCUGUGCCGGUGACCGAUCCACGCGUCAGGAAGCCCGGAGCAACGGUCGUGGAGGCAGCACACGUCGUCCGACGGCAGGUGCUGUAAGGACGGCAUCAGCGCAGAGAUGCUCGCACGCAUCCGGCCGCGGCUCCUUCUCCGCAUCAUCACCGGUGCACGCACCGUGGGGCGGCAAUCUCUUCGACAAUGGAUUAACAUCAACUAUUGUGUGAACAGGUGUUCAACGUGCAAACUAUGACAGAACCACGUGCGCUGUAAAAAGCAGGAGAGUUACGAGGCUGCGUGCCACAAAAUUUGUGUAAUUUACAAUUUAAAUUUAAUUAUGCUCCACAUAAAGCCGUAAAGCUGUGUCUGUGCGUUCUUGCGCACUAAAACAGCCAGUGUUCCAAGAUUGUAAAUGCACAUCUCUACCUGUUACAGAUGUGGCACAGCACUGCGUAUGUUGUAGCAUUCAUUGUUGCAUUGAUUUCCCAUAGGGCUCCUUCACACACCAAUGUUCACGUAUUUUCAUCAGGAAAAUUUGUAGUUUGAAGUAAAGUAGAAGAAUUGCACAAGUGCCAAGAUAUCAAUGUAUCAUUUCUUAUGAAUCAGUCGAAAAAAUAUAAUACGUACCAAAAAA